CUUGACUGGGGCAGUUGCGCGAGAACACCCGAAGAGAUCGGAACAGCUAAGCAUCCUUAACCGGUAGCACCCGAGGUUGUUGAGUCCAGUUAGGAUCCAUUGAUCGAUAAAGUAUGGGCAAAGGCAAGGGUGGUGGUUCCGGUGGUGGUGGCGGUGGCGGAGGCGGUGGGGCCGGUCAGGGUGGUGGUGUAAGUCAGCCAAAGGUGGCAAUGACGCUAAAGGUGGUGCUGGGGGUAAAGCCGGUGGAGAUAAAGGAGGAAAGAAGGGUGGCAAAAAGUGAUGGCCUGCCGACGUUCAAUCCAUUCCCUGGCAACUAUCCCACACCGACGUUCUUCCGGAAGCGAUAGAAGGCGGACCAAUUUUUGGCAUGUGAUUUUUUGGGCGUUAAAAAUUGAUUCUCACGCUGAAGUGUAUUUAUCGAUGGCUUUUCUGGUGCCGCGUCAAAGCUGGUCCCUGUGAACGAUGGCCAGUGCAGCACUCUUUUUGUGAUUAAAAAUUAAAUUCAAAACUAAAAAACAAUCCGCGGCUGAAGUAUUUCCUAGCGCUCUAUCGCUAAAAACUAACCAUAUGAAAACUAUACUAUGCGCUGUUCUUUACCAUUUGUUUCUUCGUCGACGUGAGUUUUUCAUCUAAUUCAAAUUGUUUAUCGACAAACUUGUGUAAGAGAAUAUCGAAUAAAGAUUAAAGUUACAUUGUAUUGCA